GCCACGCCCAGGGGCGGGGCGAUGCCGAACGGAGGCGGGCUGGCUCAGUAAAGCGGUGGCAGCAGGGGGAAGAUGGCGGCAGCCCUUCCUCAGCGGGAGUGGACCGUGGAGCAGCUGCGCAGCGAGCAGCUGCCCAAGAAGGACAUUAUCAAGUUUCUGCAGGACCACGGUUCAGAUUCGUUUCUUGCAGAACACAAAUUAUUAGGAAACAUUAAAAAUGUGGCCAAGACUGCUAACAAGGACCAUUUGGUUACAGCCUAUAACCAUCUUUUUGAAACUAAGCGUUUCAAGGGUACUGAAAGUGUAAGUAAAGUUUCUGAACAAGUGAAAAAUGUGAAGCUUAGUGAAGACAAACCCAAAGAAACCAAGUCUGAAGAGACCCUGGAUGAGGGUCCACCAAAGUAUACAAAAUCUAUUCUUAAAAAAGGAGAUAAAACCAACUUUCCCAAAAAGGGAGAUGUUGUUCACUGCUGGUAUACAGGAACACUACAGGAUGGAACUGUUUUUGAUACUAAUAUUCAGACAAGUUCGAAGAAGAAGAAAAAUGCCAAGCCUUUAAGUUUUAAGGUUGGAGUAGGCAAAGUUAUCAGAGGAUGGGAUGAAGCACUUCUGACUAUGAGUAAAGGAGAAAAAGCUCGACUGGAGAUUGAACCAGAAUGGGCUUAUGGAAAGAAAGGACAGCCUGAUGCCAAAAUUCCACCAAAUGCAAAACUAAUUUUUGAAGUGGAAUUAGUGGAUAUUGACUGAAAUAGCAGUGAUUCAUUUCUAAAGACAUCAGCAGUGAUAAAAUUUGGCCUUGAAGAAACUUAUGUAACUAAAGCUUGUUACUAUUGUAAGGGAAGAGUCAACUGGAAAAUUCAAGGAAUUAAGUUAAAACUUGUUUACUUAUCCCAACUUUUGAGAAAUGUUAAUCCUUAUAAACCCCUGAAAUCAAAUAUUUUACUACAGCUGUGUAAAAUAUUAGUCAAGGAAAAUGUGUUCCUUUUACCUCAUGUUAUAAAUGUAAAGGCUCAAUAAACAUUUAUCCACUGUAUUG